CUUCAAGCCAGGCUGCUACCACUUGGUACGGGAUCAGAGAUGAUAAAAUUCCUUUGGCCAUCAAGGAGGCCAAAAAGUUCCAGGCAGAUUUGGCAGAAGUGGGGCACUGCCCUUGGCACGAGCUCCCCUCCACAACCAGGAAGAUGCUGAAGUACUCUUUGACAGAGCAUUUGUUGGUUGAGAUUUGGUGUUGCCAAUUGUUUAACCAGUCUGACACCAACAGAAAUGAGAACCGCUCCAAACUUGAUUGCAGAAAAUACGACUUCAGUAACAUAGUGGUCAAUGCCUGGAAUGCUCUCCCUGACGCUGUCUUUGCAUCCUCUAAUUCCCACAGCUUCAACCUUAGACUGUCUACUGUUGAUCUCAUCCCAUUCCUCAGAGCAAUGGGGCUGUUACCGCUGCUACUCCUUUCAUCCUUAAUGCUGCAAAAUGGCCAAGCGUUCUCGAGCUCCCAGGGAAAGCAAUUCAUCACAGCUUUCAUGGAGAAUUUUGAGACCAACAGGCCGUCUGAAACAAGCUUGAAGCUAUUUCUCGUGGGCCACGGCAAUGACACCAGGGUCUCCGUGACGGUGACCAGGUCUUCCUCCCGCCAAAGUUACUCUGUUGCAAGCGAUGAAACGGUGCCUGUGGAUCUCCCCGUGAGUUUGGAAAUGAAGGGCAGUGGCAUUUUCCCCCAUUCCAUUGUGAUUGAGGCCGAGCACGACAUUUCGGUGGUCUCAUUUAACCGGAAAUUGUAUUCCGUCGGAAGCAUGACCCUCUACCCGGUCCAUGAGCUUGGCAAUAGCUAUUAUGUCAUCACACCUCCGGGCAACAAAGCGGACAGUUACAAGAAAGAAUUUGCUGUCGUAGCUUGGCAGACUCCUACCCAAGUCACCGUUGAGCUGCAAGGCGGAGUCUACUUCAAGGGACGGUCGUACGCAGCAGGGACUACCCUCACGGUACGCCUCAAAGCUUUUGAAGUUCUUCAGUUGCAAAGUACGGAAGACUUGUCUGGCACCAGGGUUCAGUCCUCGGCUCCCGUGGCAGUCUUGAGUGGCCAUGUCUGCGUCCAGGAAAACUAUUACUGCGACCAUGUCGCCGAGCAACUCCUGCCAGACUCCAAGUGGGGCAAGACUUUCAUCGUUCCUCCCGUGCCUCUGCAGACGGGCUUCGAUAUUAUCUAUGUGGCGGCUAGUCAAAGCACGCGGGUUGUUUAUCAGUCAGGACAGGAGAAAGGCUUCCAAGAUAUGGUGCCUGGAAAAAUCGCUCAGUUUCAGCUCCAGUCCCCUCAAGCGCUUUACAUCUCUGCUGAUGCUGGGAUCCAGGUUCUGAUGUUUUUCACGGGGAUCAAGAUCAGGAACAUAGGAUACGAUCCAUUUCUCAUCAACAUCCCCGAUGUCAACAGUUAUGGCCUGGCCUACCGAAUUCAUGGUCUCAGAAAGUUUGACAACCAUGUCCUCGUCGUGGCAAAAAGCUCCGAAACCCUGACCUGGGAUGGAUCUGUUGAAGCAGGCAUUCAAUGGCAAUCGAUCCCUGGCUCAGAAUAUUUCUGGGGAGAAUAUAACUUGCAAGCUGAUCUUAACCAACUUUCAGUUUUCCUUGAGAAUCCUCAAACUCCCUUUGGUGUGCUGGCCUAUGGAAACAAGAAUUACGAAGGCUACGGAUUUGCUCCAUCACCUUUUGGCACGCUCGCUCCAGUUCCAGACCUGGAUCCUGUCCAGUUGACCUGCCCCGAGAACAGCCACUAUCUCUCCUGUGGAAAUGCCUGCCCAGCAACCUGUUCCGACCGAGAGGCUCCAUCCAGAUGUCAAAAUACCUGUGCAGAAGUCUGCCAAUGUGACCAAGGAUACCUCUUCAGUGGAGAAAAAUGCGUCCCCAUGGAGAGCUGCAACUGUACUUACAACGGGGUGUCCUACAGAGCAGGAGAGGAGUUUUGGGCAGACGAAAAUUGCCGGUCCCAUUGCAGGUGUGAUAACAGGUUAGGCAAAACGGUGUGCGUGAAGUCUUCUUGCAAAGCCAAGACAAAAUGCAUCGUGGUGAACGGGGUUCGUGGUUGUCAUGCCACCACCUACAGUACCUGCAUCGCGUCUGGAGAUCCACAUUACCGUACCUUUGAUGGAACCAAAUACGAUUUUAUGGGAAGCUGUGUGUAUAAGAUGGUGGGCGUUUCCUCCAAGAACCCAGCUCUCACCCCAUUUUCGGUCACAGUGGAGAACGACAACCGAGGCCACAAGGCUGUGUCUUUUACCAAAUCGGUGACCUUGGAGGUCUACAACUUGACCAUCAGCCUGAGCAAAAGUGCCCCACAUCGGGCUGAGGUACAGUGGUUGAACAUUGGAGAAGUCGAAGAUGAGGUUUACAACCUACCAUUUAGCGGAGGCGAUGGAAAAUUUUGGAUAACUCAAGAAGGGAAUAAUAUAAUUUUUCAGUCACCUGAAGGUUUCAAAGUCAUUUAUGACACUGCCAACUAUGUCGAAGUUUCUGUACCUAGGAGUUACCAAGAGCAGACAUCCGGACUGGGUGGCAACUUCAACGAAAACUUGGAUGAUGAUUUCAUGCUGGCUGAUGGUACUCCCACCCCAAGUGUAGAUGAUUUUGGAAUCUCAUGGGAAGUCCCCACAACUGGGAGUGUUUGCUCUAAGAAAUGUGUGCACGAGCUCCCUGCUUUUGACCAGGCCCAAACAAUACCAUAUAAAGGUGACAGAUUCUGUGGACUUCUCACUCUUGAGACAGGCCCAUUCAAAGACUGUCACUCAUUUGUGAGUCCUGAGAUGUUCUUUCACAACUGCCUGUACGACAUGCAGGUUUUCGGCGAGGGAGCUCUCUGUCAAAACCUUCAAGCUUACACCGCUAAAUGUCAAGCAGCUGGAGCUGAAAUUGAUGACUGGAGAACAGCUGUCUCUUGUCGAUCACCUGUUUCCCGGAGGACCCAUCUGUUCAGUGUGCUCAACCCAGAGGAGCCUAUCACUCCAAUCCAACGAGAUCUGAAGAAUAAGGGGAAGAACACAUUGGAUUUCCACCGAUACUCCUCUCCUAAGAAACAUCAUGCUUCCGGAGAACUGGAUGAUACCCUCCAUUGCAUCUUCUGGAGCAGGGGAUCUCAAACUUGUGGACUUUAA